AUGGCAAAAAUGCCGAUGGAGUGGUUUGGUCAGCGUUGCCAGGCUCUCCUCUCGGCGUCUGACUCGGCGUUGCGCCAGGGAUACUUGACUUUGGCGCUGCUGAUGUAUGAUCUGGUUUUUUUUCUCCCCCCCCCCCUCCUCCAGAUUAUGAGUUUCUCUUUGCUAAUGUAUCCAGUGCUGAGAACCAUUGUCCUCCAUUUGCACUCUGCUGUUACUGGUAGCUAUAUUCCUGGAUCUCAUUCCAUUGCACUCGUCAAUUGCCCCAAUGAACAGACUGCUAGAGACAUUGCAAGGGCAAUUAUGGAGAGAAAAUUGGCUGCUUGCGUGAAUAUCCUGCCCAAGGCCUCAUCCAUGUAUAUUUGGAAUGGAGAGAUAGAGGAAACUACAGAGAUACUUCUGCUGAUGAAAACAAGGACCUCCAAAAUCAAUGAGUUGUCAGAAUAUAUCAGCUCCUUGCAUCCAUUCGCAAUCCCUGAAUUUAUCAGCCUGCUCAUUGACCAGGGGAACCCGGCCUAUUUAAAAUGGAUGGAGGAGAGUAUCCCGUAUGAUUAGCCGCCAUCAUCUAGAAGAUGCUUCUGGACAGACUUUCCCAAAGGACUUGUGGAUAUUGCCAGCUACCAUAGCAUGGCAGUCCUCUCUUUUCGCAGACAUGGUAAGGUGGAAAAGCUGAGAAUGCUCCGUUAGUGGUUCUGAGUUGCAUGAGAGCGGGAUCCUCUCUGGAAGAAACAGGAUCUUUGUGGUGCAACUUGCUCAGUCUUGCUGUUUCGGUUUAAUAUUUUGUGGCUAUAAUUCUCCAAAGAAAGUAGCUGUACAAGAA